AUGGGCGUCCAACGUUUGGACAUUGACGAAAGAGACAUUGACCCCGAGGAAGAAAGGCCUCUGUCGACGAUCUAUGCUGGGACGUCGGGUGCUCAACGCCGGCGCCGUCGUGUCCCCAGUACAACUCCUGUUGCUAGGUCAUCGCCCAGGCCCGUCAUGCCAACGCCAAGUGCCUCUACCAGCGAUGCGGCACAUAGUGAGGAUCAUCUGAUCCACGCUCACCUGCGGGACGCGGCGGAGGUGGAGGUGAUGGAGGAUGUGUGCGAGGAGGAGCUGGACGAGCUCGUCCCCAACCCUUUCUACCCUGACCCUGCUGCCACUGCUGACAGGGACAGCGAUGCUGAGCUGGUGGCGGAAGCUGGAGAGGAGGAUGCCGAGGAGGAUGAGGAGGAGGAGGAUGAGGAGGAGGAGGAGGAGGAGGAGGAGGAGGAGGAGGAGGAGGAGGAGGAGGAGGAGGAGGAGGAGGAGGAGGAGGAGGAGGAGGAGGACAACGGUGGGGUCGCGGAGGAGGUGGGGGCUGAAGGGGGAUGGUAG